AUGGAUAUGCCACAUAUAGUAAUGACAAAAAUUAUGGGUAAUGUUGGUUUUCUAGCAAUUCUCAAUCUCCGGAAAACAUGUAAAACCUUCCGAAAUUUUAUUGAUGACGUCAAGCCGAUAAACGAUUUGAAGGAACUUCGAAUCACUCUCGGUCACUUCUAUGUGAAAGUUGAAGUGUUUUUGGACAAAAACGGAUAUGAUGCAGAUCGAUGUUCAUUUGUUUCAUCCUAUCAACAAGCACCCGAUGAUAACACAGCUCGAGGAAGUCGAACCAGAGAGUACCCGCUUCAUAUUCUUCCUCACUAUCCAUUCGACCACGCUUCCACAUUCUCUCAACGCUUCAAAACUUAUAUACAAAACACAAGAGAAAAACAAGAAAACAUUUUUUUUCGAUUUCAAAAUUUGCAGGCAUUCCUGACCAAUCCCUAUUUUAAAAGGUGGCAAUUACAAUAUGAAGAUUCGGAGGGAGAUGACAUGAUUCAUAACAUUCUGGGACGUAUACCACAUGAAGAACAGGAGAAGUGGUUCUAUGGAAUUCCGAAUUCCACGGAAGUUCUUUGUAUUCAAAGCGUGUAUCAAACCGUUUGGACUGUGUCUUUUACUCGAAUUAAUCUAGUUGAUGUCCCAGAAAAUGCAUGGGUUCAUUGGGAAUAA